AUGGCGGAAGGCAACGACAAGAGCUCAAACCCCAUGCGGGAGCUGCGCAUCGACAAGCUCGUCCUGAACAUUUCGGUCGGCGAGUCUGGCGAUCGUCUCACCCGUGCCGCAAAGGUGUUGGAACAACUAUCUGGUCAAACUCCUGUCUACAGCAAGGCCCGCUACACCGUCCGAUCGUUCGGUAUCCGUCGUAACGAAAAGAUUGCCGUGCACGUCACGGUCCGAGGACCCAAGGCCGAGGAAAUCCUCGAGCGAGGCCUCAAGGUCAAGGAAUACGAACUCCGCAAGAAGAACUUCAGCGAGACCGGCAACUUCGGUUUCGGCAUCUCGGAACACAUCGACCUGGGAAUCAAGUACGACCCUGCCAUCGGUAUCUACGGCAUGGACUUCUACUGCUGCAUGUCGCGACCGGGUGCCAGAGUCGCCAGACGGAGACGUGCGAAGUCCAAGGUCGGCCGAAGCCACAAGGUCGGCAAGGACGACACUAUCCGGUGGUUCAAGACUCGAUUCGAGGGUAUUGUGCGAUAG